UCCUGCUCCUGCUGUGACCUGGCUGAUAAUUGGGCGGGCAGUCAAUCCCCUCGUGAGAGGGCAAUCAAUGCUGUUCUGCCAGGCUCCAUCAUCCACAUCUGGUGGAAUUUUUAGGUUAUUGUACUGAUAUGGAACAUAGGCUGCUGGCAUACCAGUAUAUGCCAAAUGGAAGUCUUCAAGAUCACCUACAUGGUGGCGGCGUCCCACUGGAUUGGAGUACGCGGAUGAGAAUUGCAUUGGGGUCUGCUCGAGGACUUCGGUACCUGCAUGACAUUGCCGACCCACCGAUCAUCCAUCGAGACUUCAAGUCGUCCAACAUCUUGCUGGACCAUGACUUUGUUGCAAAGGUGGCAGACUUUGGCCUUGCCACACUGGCCAGGAGACCUGAGCAAGAAGAUGAAACAGGUUGCAUGAGCACCAAGAUACUUGGCACAUUUGGAUAUGUUGCGCCAGAGUAUGUUAUGACUGGAUGCGUCAGCGAAAAAAGCGAUGUGUAUAGCUUUGGAGUUGUUCUUCUGGAGUUGGUUACCGGCAGGAAGCCUGUGGAUAUGUCACAACCACAGGGGCAACAAAGCCUCAUUGCUUGGGCUGGCCCACACUUGAACAAUAGAGAGAAGUUGUUGAAGAUGGUGGAUCCUGUUCUGCAAGGCAUGUUCCCUCCGCAGGCACUGUACCAUGUUGCUGCCAUAGCCGCCAUGUGCAUUCAGGCAGAGCCAGACUAUCGACCAAUCAUGGAUGAAGUUGUGGACUCCAUCCUACCCCUCCUAAACAAAACAUACCCCAUGUAUGCUAAUGUGGGACCGCCACAGGGUUACCUUUCAGCAAGCAGUGAAGACAGCACUGAUCGCCUUUUGAGGGAGAGAGGAGGUGGUACUCUUAGUGACUACUGUCUGUACUGUCGCCGGGAGCCGAGGGACGUGGUGGUUCUUCCUUGUGGGCAUCGCAUAGCGUGCGUCCGAUGUGCAAGUUGCCUCAGUUCCUUGUCGUAUCUUAUGUGCCCACUUUGCGGCAGUCAAGUCACGGCGACUCAUGAGGUGGCCAAAGGUCAAAAUGCACCUGGACAUGGACCAGGAUUCAACUCACUGCUAGAGUCUGGGAAAGCCUACACACAAGAACAGCUCAUCAUGGUGAGGCUCUGGCAACUGCACCGCUUGCAUGUUUCGACAUAUGAUUCUCCUGUGGCGGCGGGGCGGGCACCUCGAGGUCAGCACCACACGGAGAUGACGGAUCCCGCAGUCGGACAAAGUUUUGGCGUUAUCGUUGUGCUCGAACGUGGGCGCAUUUGUCUCGUCAACGCAUACGUUGCUCAACUUCUGUACAGGAGUCUAUACACGUUUCCUGUUGCGCACAUCCGACGUGAUAGGACUGUGCAAUUGCCGAUUUUGGCGCAGUGAGGUGGGUGUUGCAGAUAUUUGCAACAAGAGGACAUGGCUGAGUUUACGCGCAGAGGAUUCAGAAGGCAGGAAAGGAGAGGUAGGGAACGGAACGUAGGGAAGGAGUGGAGACUGAUGAUGAUUAUAGGAUGGUGCUACUUGGUCAGUUAGAUGAUCCUCAUGUGUUCAAGCGAGCCAAUGGAGAGUUGUUCCCUUGAGUCAACUAAUGAGGAUACAAUGCCUUGCUUGCUGGAUUCAGGGCGUCACAACACCACUCUCGAAAUGUGCAAAAUGAGAAUGAACUUCCUGCGAGAACAUGGCCAGAUGCACCCACCACAUUUUUGUCUUUUUCACAUUUCGAGAGUGGUGUGGCGAGGCCCUCACUCUCGGGAAUCGUCACGUUUCUGCCGAGCCGAGCUGUAAGAAGAAGUUGAGACCUUGGACCUCGCUACAUUGCAGAACAUCCUAAAUGCAUCUGGAGCUACAAAUGGUCCCGAUAGUCAAAUGUCCGGUUGGUCAGAAUGUAUCUGGUCCAUUGACAGGUCAGAUACGUGUGGUCUGUUGAGUAGAGGAGUGAGGUCCCUUGUCUGUGUUGACGUACAUAGGUUUCAACUGGAUAAAGCAGCAAUUACUAA